CCUUCAUGACGUCAUUAUUGUUGGCGGUAUUUUGAAACGGAGGAAGCCUCACAAGCUGUUCGUGGACAUUAAAAAAGUGUGGCUUCAUAAACAUGCUCCGUGCUGAGGUGGAGGAGAGAGCAGCCGGAGAGGCAGCAGCAGCUGGGCUAUCAGAGGCCGCUCACCUCGAGCUGCUGGAGCUCUGCGAGGAGCAGUUCACUCACCUGGAGAAGCUUCAGAAUGAAAUCAUACUUUGUGAACCUGAAUUUUCUGAGAAUCUCCAGGAACAGUCAGUAAAUGGGCUGAUUGCAACAGAAGCUGAACUGAAGCAGUGGCUGUCAGUGGAGCCGAGCUUGUUGCCAAGUAAUUCAGAAAUUUUACUUCAAGCUGGAAAAGAGGAAAUGCUCAAACUGUGCUCCGAACUUGAAAUGGUUGUUUCUUGUUAUGAAGCAAAACGAGACAAACUGAAAGAGACUAAAGAGCUUGAACAAAAAUGGCUGGAGGAGAAGAAAAAGGUGCUGGUCGCUGUAACUAAUCACUUUGAACGACUUAAAAUGGAAAAAGAGAAAUUUUCAGGACACAGCAUUCUGCUGGACACGAAGGAAAAAAUCCAGAAGAUGAAGGCCUACCACGAGAAGCUGAUGGAGACUCUUGGUGACGUUCUGGAGGUCCACGUUCCUCUCCUUCAAAACGAAACCAGUUCAAGCAAGAAGAAGAAGAACAUUGAACAGGAGAUAAGUGAGGACCUUAUUUCACUGGGUGACAUCCUGGAGGUUCUCAUGAACAAAGCCCUGGAGACACCACACGACCCGUAYGUAACGAUCGAUCACACGUUCUGGCCUCCCUACGUAGAGAUGCUUCUCCGACAUGGGAUCGCCGUGAGACACCAGGAGAAUAACUUCAAGAUCCGCCUGGAAAAUUUUUUCUAAUUCACUUGUCCUUUUAGCUUCUUAAACACCACUGACUGGCAGAAGUUUUAAUUCUGUCUUCAGAUAUGAAGAGUGUCUGUGCUGAAGAAGUACAUAGAUGAGUGAUUUACUGUGCUUCUGGGUGUGUCACAGUUGUACAAAGCAUUAGUUUAUUUAGGCCUAUAAGGUGUUUUAUGUGUUUUGUAUUUAUAGUGUUUGUUAUUUUAACUAUAAUCAGUCUAGUUUCAAGUUUGAAUUUUAAAAAGUGUUUUUUAUACUGUUCAAUGUGUAUAAGUUUAAUUAUAUAUGUGCUUAAAAUGUUGGUUUUUUUGCAACAUAUUUACUUAGGCUCUGUUUAAACUUUAAUUGGGUUUGCCUGUAUUAUUUUGUUUUCUUAAAAAUGUCAUGUCCUUGAAUACACUCUAACAUAUUUUAAAUCGAUCCUCAAUUGUCUUAAUUGGGUCUAAAUUUUAAGUUUUAUAGUUCUUAGCUUACCAUAGUAUAUUAGCUGAAAUUGCUAGAUAUGUUUACAAUUCACUGUUUAUAUUCACAUUUUUGUCUUUAACAAGCUUGUAAUGUACAGGUGUGUGUUGAUCAAUUUAUAAAUGAUGUAUGUGCAGAGUUGCAGUGAUUAAAAUAAAAUUCAUACUUAAAUUGUA